UCGCUCGACAGCGUACGUAGUCCAUCGUCCUUGGUGCAAACUGCUACUAGAAGUGCUGCUCUGUGUGGUCCAUCUGUCGUCGAGCAGUGUUACAAUAGAGCCACGGAACCACGGAAUCUUUUUCUUGGAACAAACGUGGCGGGAAAACGAGAGUGUACCAGAGUGUUUGCAUUUCCGGAACCGGGAGCAGUAGUCUCUCUGCUCGUACGGCAUAACUGCAUUAGCUGUUGCAUUCUGCGGCGUUGUUCAGUGAGUUCGUGUUGCUACAAAGAAAGAAAAAAGUGGUGUGUGGCAAAAGGAAGCGACUACGUUGUGCUACAAGUGCUUCGAUCGUGAGGAAUUUGGAGCUCCAGAUUGUUGGGAAAGUUGUCAGUAGCCGAGAUUCAAUUUAAUCGUAGCGUAAGGAGCAGUGGAAGCACAGUGACAAAGAAUUAGCUAGUUACACAAUAGAAGCCUUGCCACCAUCUUUAGUAUUAGCAGGCCUUGCAACAAACCUAGUAAAUACCGAGCACAGUCGGCGGUGACAUACCAUUCCUCGCGUACUCGAUCGCAAUCACAGCAGCAGCAGCAGCAGCAACAGCUCGUCGUUGUCGUCGCCAGUGGUUGUCUCGACGUCACCAUACAAUGUCCAAGAUGUCGACAGCGCAGGUCAGUAGCAGUCGCUGCAGCACCUCUUCGUCGUGGAUCGUCACCAUUGGAUUGCUUUGCGCGAUCGCGAUGCUGGCACAGCUGACCACGGUGGUCAGUGGAGCGGCGGAUGCAGCGGCCACCAUCGCCAGCACCACGACCAAAUCACAGGUUUCGGACGAAGCACUCGAGAAAGCGCUCAGCGACAAACGGUAUCUGAUGCGGCAGCUCAAGUGUGCCCUCGGUGAGGUACCGUGCGAUCCGGUUGGCAAGCGGCUGAAGAGUUUGGCACCGUUUGUCCUGCGUGGAGCCUGUCCCCAGUGUACGCCGGCCGAGAUGACGCAGAUCAAAAAAACGCUGGCCCAUCUGCAGCGCAACUUCCCGGCGGAAUGGAACAAGCUGGUGCAGACGUACGCCGGUUGAGAUCUGACGCGAGGAACCACGAGCGCACCCAGCGAGGGAACGGUUUUUGGUUGGCGCAAUCUAUACCGUGGGGGGGGGGGGGGGAGG